AUGGGGAAUGAAGUAGUCAUGGCUCAAGCCAUGGUUGACAGGAAGAUGCAGAGUAUUGGUGCAGCGAUCCAGGCAGCAAAUCUCGUCAGAGCAACAUGGGCGGCCACAGACGGUGCAGGGGUGAAGGGAGGAGCAGGGGUGGAGAGAACCGAUAGGAUUAUUGCUACGGAGAGUAGCAACAAAGCCGACGCCACCACUGUCACAGUCGCCGGAAAAUCGAGUCAAAGAACAGCUCAUUCGGCGAUGUCGAUUGUUAAAUCCAUAGUUCGCGCAUCGCGAAUCAAUCCGAUUGCUACGCAGAGUAGUCGAUCAUCAGCAACGAUUCCACAGAAGAAUCCACAAGAUAAGGAGACUCGAAUCUCCCCGGCGAUCUCCACAGUCGUUCCGCAGCGGAAGGAAGGAAUUGAUCUGCCGAAUGAGAUUCUCAAUUUGAAGAAGACGGAGCAGUUCUUCGAUUCUCAAUCUGAAGAAGACGGAGCAGUUCUCCGAUUCAGCCAAAGCGGUUGCAUAAGUACAUUGAAUCUGGAGCGUGUUCGUCGAUUGAAAAGCAGACUUGUAGCCUUGACUCGUCGUGUUCAGAAGGUUAGGGAUGAGAUAGAGCAACUUAUGGACGAUGAUGGGGACAUGGCUGAAAUGUAUUUUACUGAGAAGAAAAUGCAGAUGGAAUCAUCAUCAAUUUAUGGUGAUCAAUCUGUGGUUGGAUACAAGUCAACUGAUGGUGUGCUGUCUGUUUCUGCUCCAGUUUCUCCUGUUUCGUCUCCUCCUUAUAGCAGCAGGAAGCUCGAAAAAGGUUUGAGCAUAGCCGGAAGCAGGCAUGAGAGCAUGAGAAGUUCAGAAAGUGCUGCAGAAGCUCAAAGUAUAGAGGAGCUCGAAAUGCUCUUGGAGGCUUACUUUGUCGUCAUUGAUAGCACCCUCAACAACUUAAGGAGUAUAUCGAUGACACAGAAGAUUUCAUCAACAUUCAGCUGGACAAUGUCCGGAACUAGCUUAUAA